UUUUGCCUUUCAAAAAAAAAGCUAAUCCUGCCUUUCAAUGAGAAUAAAAUUAUUUUCUAUUCACACGACAAGUUGUUUGAUUGGAAAGUGACUUCACUUACCAAAAUGGGUGUGUGUGUCGUGCCAUCUUUUCCCUUGCAUGAAAGGACAAAGUCCUUGAUAAAUGAGAGAGAGAAGAGUUCGGUGUCCCUUUUGUAUGUAGGGGAUUUUGUCCAUUUUACAAUAGAGGAAGAAGGUAAAGGAGAAAGAACACACCCACAACAAACUAAACACUAAACACUAAACAUCAUGUUUGAUGGAGUACCAGACCAAUUCCACCAAUUCAUUUCUUCAUCAAUUCCAGCAGCAACAACUCUCCCUCUACCCCUUCCUUUCCCUCCUCCCCUCCACCAUGCCUCCAAUUCCUCCCCUUUCCCUCCUGCCUUUGAUCCUCUCUACACUUCCGCUCCUUCCAAUUCCCAUCCCUUGUUCUUGCACCAGAAGAUUUCCCAAGAAAAAGAAGACAACACCUUGGUGGGUGUGAACUUAGAGAAGCAGAGAUCCAUUGAUCCAUGGUCCAGUGAAGAAGUGAUUGCUCUAUUAAGGGUCAGAUCUAGCAUGGAGAAUUGGUUCCCAGAAUUCACUUGGGACCAUGUGUCAAGGAAGCUUGCGGAACUUGGAUUCAAAAGGAGUGCUGACAAGUGCAAGGAGAAAUUUGAAGAAGAAAGCAGAUACUUUAACAGCAACAUUAAUUGCAGCAAGAACUUAAGGAUCUUUAGUGAACUUGAGGUGCUUUGUCAUGGUGAUCAAAACAACCCUGCUGCUGCUGCUGAACCAAAAAAGAAGAAAAGCUUGGAAAACCAUGGUGAUGAAGAAGAAGGCCAAGAAGAUGGCUCAAGGAAUAGUAAUUAUGGUCAUGAUCAUGAUCAUGAUCAUCAAAUGGUAGGGAAUCCAUCAGAGGAUUGUAAUGAGAAAGCGGUUGAUGGUGAUGAUGAUGGUGACCAGAAAGCAAAGAGCAGGAAGAGGAAAAGAGAGAAGAAGUUUGAGAUGUUUAAGGGAUUUUGUGAAGAUGUUGUGAAUAAGUUGUUGGCUCAACAGGAAGAGUUGCAUAAUAAACUUCUUGAAGACAUGGUGAAGAGGGAUGAAGAAAAGGUUGCUAGAGAAGAAGCUUGGAAAAGGCAAGAGAUGGAUAGGAUUAACAAGGAGCUUGAACUUAGGGCACAAGAACAAGCAAUUGCAGUGGAUAGACAAGCUACGUUAAUCAAAUUCUUAAGUACAUUUGCACCAAAUUCUGGUCCUACUUCAUCUUCUUCACUAGCCUUAGAACAAAACUCUAAUUUUCCCAUUACCAAUAAUAACCAAACGAAAGUUGAUCGAGUGGUACUUUCAUCUUCAUCAACCAUGAUUCAGAUGAAACCCUCUUCAUUGACUGAAAAUCCAGCCCCUCAAAACCCUAAUUCACCUCUUGCUCCUACCACCUCAAAAGCAUCAACAUCAUCUCCUUCAUUAACACCCCAAAACCCUAAUUCUCUCAGUGCUCCAAAAACUCCAAAAGCUCCACAAAACACUACUCCCAUAAGUGAUCAUAAAGAAGACCUUGGUAAGAGAUGGCCAAGAGAUGAAGUGCUGGCUCUCAUAAAUCUCCGAUGCAGUCUCUUCAACAGUACCAAUACAGGCGAGGAAAAGGAAGGCGGCGCUGCCGUGAAGGCUCCUCUGUGGGAGAGAAUCUCGCAAGGGAUGCUAGAACUGGGGUACAAAAGGAGUGCAAAGAGAUGCAAAGAGAAAUGGGAGAACAUAAACAAGUACUUCAGGAAAACAAAAGAUAAUAACAAGAAGAGGUCUAUCGACUCUAGGACAUGUCCUUAUUUCCAUCAAUUAAGCACCUUGUACAAACGAGGCACAGUGGUAGCUUCCUCGGAAGGGCAGGAAACACAGCCAGCGUUGCUCGGAAACCACUCCGAUUCAUCGGAAACUCGGGUAGGGACUGAUUCAACCGUGGCUCAAGUACCAACUUUUGAUUUUGGAUUUUAAUUAUUCCACAUUUUUAGCUUUUUUUCUAGUUUCUAUAUAUUUAAAUUUUUUAUAAUAUUUUUCUUGGGGGAUUUAAGGUUAAUAUAUUGUAUUUUGGUGGGCACCGACAAUUGGGAAAUGAGAACCUAGGAAUUAAUUCCAGGUGGCUGUCAUUAUUAUAUAAUUGGUAUUUAUGCUCCUAAUAAUUUUUGUAUUUGAAGAGAAGUUUUGUUUGCUAUAUAUAUGUGAAGGGGACAGUGGUCAGGGGCCAGGGCCAUUUCCCUCUUAUCUUACCAAAUAAAAUAAAACAGUAUGC